CCAUUUUCCCUUUCUGGAAGCAUCUCUCUGCACCGACAUAUCUACACCGACAUCAACUCUUGCAGAUUAUAAAUUGAAAUCAGCAGAGGCGAAACAGCCCUGAAACGUGAGACAAACAUCUGAGAGGGUUUUCAGGUAGUAAUCCGUUUUUUCGGUAACCUUCUAUAAGUUUCUAUCGGGUAUUUUUAUUUUGAGAUCGAGAAAAACAGAUUGGAGACGAAGAGACUAAGGCGAUAGGAAGACUUGCAGUAGUAGAUCUUGCGUUGUUGUUGUGAUUGAAAGAAAGACCGGACAGACGAAGAUGAUAGGAAGUCUUGCAAUAUUAGAUCUUCCGUUCUUGGAAUCAACAGAAGAAGGAAAGAGGUGUGUAAUGGGAGAUGGUGUUCUAUCAAUAUGUGUAAUUUUGUGGUUUUGAAUUGGUGAUUUUGGUUGUGCUUAGGUUUUAAUUGAUGUUGGUUUCUAUGGGUAUUGAUUUUGGUUUCCAUGUGUUCGGGUGUUGUUCUGUGGUUUUCAAUGGGUGGUUUUGAUUUUUUGUUGUUAUUUGGUGAUCGCUGUAUUUGAGUGAAUGUUGGAUUUGUGCAUAUUUAGCUGCAUAUAUCUGUCUAUCAGUUUAUCUAAGCAAUCGCUUUUUACAAGUGUCCUACGUUCCUAUAUGUGUAUUGAUUGAUAAAUUAUAGUAAGUGAGGAUUAUUAUGAUGUAAAAUUUUAAUUGGAUUACAUCUGUGAAUACAGAUAUGGCAGCUGAAAAUGCCAAGAGAGGGAUAAAGAGGUUCUUAGAACCAUCUACCGGUGGCAGAAUUGAUCAAGAAAAAUCUGAAUAUGGUCAUGUGAGACCAAAAAGAUUGAAAAGAAUGUUUCAUCGAGAAAUUGCUGGAGGAUCUAAUGAAUGUCGAAAUGAAAUGCAAUUGAAAGGUGAUGAUGAAAACGCUGCGGAAGGGAUGGCAGCUAAGGAUGCCAAGAAAGGAAAAAAAAGAUUGUCAAAAGAAUCCACUACUAAGAGAGUAAAUCAAGGAAAAACUGAACGUAGUCAUGUUAGAUCAAAGAGAUUGAAAAGAAUGUUUUGCCGAGAGAGUAAUGAAAAAGAUAAUCAAUGUCAGAGUGAGACCGAAUUCAGUGGUAAUGCUGAAAAUAGCGUUCAAGGUAUAAAUGAAGAUAUAUUUAUGAUUGAAAAUGAUCAACGUUCUCGACUAUUUGGUCAAGCGUCAUAUCAACAAAACAGACGAGGGUUAACUGUGAAAUACGAAGACUCGGGGGAUAAUGUGUACUCAUGUAACCAUUGUGAUGCAUGCUUUUGGCUUGGAGAAGCUACUAAAAGAUCAACUUCAAAUGCAUCAAUUAUCUAUACAAAUUGUUGUAGGAAAGGCGAAAUCAAACUUGAAAGAUCAAAACCAACACCAACUUUCCUCGAGCAUUUAUUGAAUCCAGACAAUGGUUCAGAAAGCAGAUCAUUCAGAGAAAACAUAAGAAUUUAUAAUUCAAUGUUUGCUUUUACAUCAAUGGGAGCAAAUAUUGACUACAAAAUAAAUAAUGGUUUAGGUCCUUAUGUUUUCAAAAUUAGUGGUCAAGUACAUCAUUUAAUGGGUUCUUUAUUACCUUCUAAUGGAGAAUCUCCUAAAUAUGCUCAAUUAUAUAUAUACGAUACAAAAAAUGAAGUUUCAAAUCGCAUUAAUGCAAUUGAUCCGAAUCACAAUAAUGUAAAUAUCAAAUCAAAUAUAGUUGAAGGACUCAUUAAAAUGUUUGACCAAAAUAAUGAAUUAGUAAAAGAAUUUCGAACUAUAAGAGAUAGAUAUGAAAAUGGUUUCAUUCCUACAUUAAAUAUGACUAUACUUAAUCGUCAACCUACUGAUAGCAAACAAUAUGAAACACCAACCAGUGAAGAAAUCGGUGGUUUAAUUGUUGGUGAGAUUGGACAAUAUAAUGCAAAUAAAGAUUUAAUUAUUGAAUCAAAAAGUGGUUGUUUACAACGUAUUUCUAAAAUACAUCCAAAAUACAUGUCAUUACAAUAUCCAAUACUUUUUCCAUAUGGUGAAGAUGGAUAUAAACCGAAUUUACUAAUAGAGCAAAUACCUGGAAAUUCUAAAAAAAAAAGACAACGAAUAUCUAUGCGAGCAUACAUUGCGUAUCAAAUCCAAGACCGAAAUAAUGAAGUAAAAACUUUAUUAAAAGGUGGACGUUUAUUUCAACAAUUUUUAGUAGAUUCUUAUGCAACAGUUGAAGAAGACGGUUUAGAUUGGAUUAGAAAAAAUCAAAAGAAUUUUCGUAGUGAAAUAUAUAAAGAACUUUGUACUUCAGCUACAGCAGGAAUUAAUAAAGCAUCCAAUUUAGGACAAAAAAUUAUUCUACCGAGUUCUUAUACUGGAAGUCCUAGAGAUAUGAUUAAUAAUUAUCAAGAUGCUAUGGCAAUUUGUAGAUAAUAUGGUAAUCCUGAUUUAUUCAUUACUUUUACUUGCAAUGUUAAAUGGAUAGAAAUUGAAAGAUAUUUUCAAAAUCAACCUGAACUUAAAAUUGAAGAUAGACCGGAUAUAAUUUCAAGAAUUUUUAAAAUAAAAUUAGAAGAUAUGAUAACUUAUAUUAAAUCUGGAGAACCUUUUGGAGAAAUUGAUGCAUACGUGCAUACAAUAGAAUUUCAAAAAAGAGGACUUCCUCAUGCUCAUAUGUUAUUUUGGUUAAAAAAGAAUUAUAAAUGUUAUACAGCCGCUGACGUUGAUUCUAUUAUUUCAGCAGAAUUACCAGAUAAAAAUAUAAACCCAGAAUUAUACAGAAUUGUCAGCCAAUUUAUGAUUCAUGGACCCUGUGGAGAACUAAAUUUAAAAUCUCCCUGCAUGCGAAAUGGAAAGUGUUCUAAAUUUUUUCCAAAACCAUACAAUCCAAAUACUAUAUUUGAAUCAAAUAUGCCCACUAUAUAUAGACGUCGUGAUGAUCCAACAAAGUUUAUAUUAAAAAAUGAUAUUCACAUUGGAAAUAAUUUUGUUGUACCUUACAAUAUAAAUUUGUUAUUAAGAUAUAACGCUCAUAUAAAUGUUGAGUUAUGUUCUCAAUCUAUGCUAAUAAAAUAUUUGUUUAAAUAUAUUAACAAAGGGCCAGAUCGAGCUCGAAUUUUAUUUCAAGAAAAUUUAAAAGAUGAAAUCUCUGCUUAUCUUAAUUGUCGAUAUUUAACUCCUCAUGAAUCUGUAUGGAGAUUAUUUGAAUAUUCGAUUCAUUCUAGGCAUCCUGCUGUUCAACAUUUACAGAUUCAUUUACCUUCCGAACAAAAUAUAAUUUUUAAUGAAUGUCAAUCAAUUGAAUCAAUAAUAAAGAAAAAAAGUACAGAAGAUAAUAUGCUUACUGGAUGGUUUAAAGCAAAUACCAUUCAUCCAGAAGCAACCGAAUUAACAUAUACAAAUUUUCCAAGUAAAUUCGUAUGGGAUGACCAGAAAAAAUGUUGGACACCGAGAAAAAAAUGUGAAACCAUUGGCCGAAUAACAUAUAUAUAUCCUAAAGCCGGUGAAUUAUAUUAUAUGAGAAUGUUAUUAAAUAUUCAAAAAGGUUGUACUAAUUUUGACUCAAUAAAAACAAUUAAUGGAAUUACAUAUUCUUCUUAUCAAGAAGCUUGCCAAAAAUUUGGCUUAUUAGGAGAUGAUAAAGAAUGAGUAGAAGCUUUAGAAAAUUCUUCACAUACUGCAACCGCUUCUGAAAUACGACAAUUGUUUGUUACAAUUAUUUUAUUCUGUGAUGUUGCAGAUCCUCAAAAAUUAUUAGAUUUAUAUUGGUCAAAUAUGUCAGAUGACAUUUUAUAUAAAGCUAGAGUUGACAUUGGAAAUUCAAACUUAAUUUUACCUGAUU